CACUGGACUGCCAGGGAAGUCUCCCAGACUUACCGCUCUUGAUUGCCAAUAUUUGCACCAGCUUCUAUGGAAAACAGAAGCAUUCUGGCUUUCUUGGCCUAAGGAUAUUCAGCAUUUCCUUCCUGAAGAGAAAUUGGAAGCUCAUAUGACAGACAAAGGAGGGCAAAUCUCAACAUGGAGAAGGUCUACAGAGAAAAUGAAGGAAAGCCAGAAAAUGAAGGAAACCCAGACAAUGAGGGAAAGUCAAAAGAUGCAGUAGAUACAGAAGAUGAAGGAAAGUCAGAUGAGGAAGAAAAGCCAGAAGUGGAGGGGAAGUCAGAACAUGAGCAGGAGCUCCAGAAUGAGGGACGGCCAGAAGACGAGGGACAGCCAGAAGAUGAGGGGAAGCGAGAAAAGCAGGGCAAGUCCGAAGCUGAGGGAAAACCACACGGUGAGGGCAAGCUGGAAUCCCAGGCAAAGCCAGAGAGUCAGCCGCGGGCUGCCGAAAAGCGCCCCGCUGAAGACUAUGUGCCCCGGAAAGCAAAAAGAAAAACGGACAGGGGGACGGACGAUUCCCCCAAGGACUAUCAGGACAACUUACGAAGGCAUCUGGGCAGUGAGGAGAUGAUGAGAGAAUGUGCAGAUAUGUCAAGGGCUCAGGAAGAGUUAAGGAAAAGACAGAAAAUGGGUGGUUUUCAUUGGAUGCAAACAGAUGUACAGGAUCCAUUCACCCCAAGGGGCCAACGGGGUGUGGGAAUGAGGGGCGGAGGUAGGGGCCAGAGGGGCUUACAUGAUAUCCCAUAUCUUUAAUGCCUUUGGCCUUCAAUUCUGACUCCUCUGAUGAGAAUAUCGCUGACCCUGCUUUCCCUGGCAGGCAUUUGCCAGGCUAUGUGCUUUAACCUUAAGCUGAUACUUUGCUUUAGGUGUCACUCUCAUUACCAGCAGCCUUUUGAUCCAACUACAGUGCUCUCUGUGUUUCAGUAGGGGAUUUUCACCCACGUGCAUGGAA